GAAAAUAAAAACCUGAAAGAAGAAACGUCAAAUGAAUUUUUGUUUAUUUUUUAUCCACGACGCGACCAAUUUUUGAUCUGUCCUACUAAUUCUAUUGACGGCUUCCCGUUUCUAAACAUUGCUGUGAGGUCAUGAGAGGUACGGUGGAAAAAGGAUCUACAGCUGGAUAAAACAGAUUACAUCACUAAAUCGCUUUAAUUCGAAAGUAAAAUGAGCGAAAUGCGACAAUAUUUGAAAACUAUACUGCCAGCAGUUACUAAACGGUAUAAAGAGAAGCUAGAAUUGUACUGUGACAACAUUGAUCCACUCAAUUUGGACACAUCAAAUUGUUCACGAGCUCCAGAGGAUUUGCCCGACAUCACAACGCACCAUAUUUUAAGUUAUUUAAUGCUCACCAAGUGCCCAUAUACCGGAGAGAAGAAGGCACCAAAGCCCAUUCAGAUGGAGAAUGGAACUCUAUUGCAAAUUUGUGUGCAGAAAUUCGAAGCGAUUUCAAUCGUGUUGGGAGAGAUUAUUUUGGAAAGUGGUGAAUAUCUGAAGCCAUGGUUCGUCUGCUUUCCGUGCGGUUAUGUGUUGUGCGCCCACUGUACCUCGUGCCAGGUGGAUGAGACGUGUGAGCAUAUUGAACUGCUGCUGUACAGUGUGAAUAAGGUGAAGGUGAAUGAAGGGAUGCUGGAUUCGAGUGUGUCGUCGACCAAUCAAAUCGACACCAUUGACUUGACCGAUGCCGAUCAGGUAGAUCGACCGUCUCGUCUGUACGUUUGCGGCAUCUGUGGUGAUCAAUUCGAAAAUAAGGAAGACUUCAAGGAACAUUGCACGGUAAUGCAUCAACUAAUACCAGCCGAACCGCAAACGGUGCGCAGAAAACGUAAGACAACGCGUAACGAUGACAUUGUUUGUGCGUCGAACAGUCAAAUUCAGAUUGUGAAUGCGGACACAUUAGAAAUGUACCAUCAUGAUGGCAGCGACAUGUCGGCGCCUCCGGAAUUCGUCGAUGUGGAGCAUUUAUUGUGUGAUGAGUCGGUGCAAUAUGGUCCCAUCGUUAUAUAUCAAAACGAAUUGAUCGACGAUGGCACGAAUGUUGUCAGUGUAGAUCCGAGCUCGGAGCUCAUAGUUAUUGAGGAUGAAGAUGACUGAACUGAAUAAUGAUGUAAAUAUGUCCGGUAAAGGGUACACACACUGUAUGUACACACAACGCAUUUUUCGCAUUUUCUUUUGAUUUGUCGUUCGUCGAACAGGAAUUAUUUUUUUUAAUGAAAUUAACUUUACUUCUGCUGUUGUGAAGUUAAACUUUUCGUUCCAUAAAUAAAUUCACCUAAAAUUUAUGGAAUUUCACGGUUUUUCGGGGCACUUCGGGGUUUGGGUGACACUUUUUUUUGAUUAGUUAAAUAUGUAUGAGCUUCUGACAAGGAAUAAAUGCUCAGGUCGUCAAGUUUUUCAAAUGAAAUUUAUACCUGGUCACCUGGUCCACUCAUUCAAUCACACUGUUUAUUCGGUUUUACCACUACUAUACGCACGUGCGUGUGACUUUCAAAUUCGUAUAAAAUCGUACAUUGGGAAGGUAUAAGUGUACCAUCUGGUAAAACAGUUGAAUCUAGAUCUAAACUGAGUAACUGGAAUUGAUAUUGGCGCACUAAAUUUGAUUUGAGAACUUUUUUAGGGACGUUCAAAAUUCUAAUUAUCUUCUAUAUGACUCGUCACUUCAUUUCACGCCGAGGCAUUUUGGCAACUUUUACUAGAAAACUGCUCCAAAAAGUUGUUAAUUACAAUUUUCGAAUCUAACUCAAUUUCAAAGUUUGAGUUUGAGAUGCAACCAUUUUAAUUUGAACAUUUUCGAUAUCCAAAAGAAGCAAAAUUAGAAAUCAGCUGUUCUAACAAAACAUUGGUUUACCGACUAAUUGCCGAGCCACUUCUAAACGACAAAUUACGAAUAUUUUAUAAAAUUCUUGUUCGAAUACUCUUUUUUCACACAAAUAAAUAUUUUUCAAGCGUGUAAAGACAAAUCAACACAACACUGGGCAUCAUUUUGAUUAUUAACAAUUUUGUUUUUCAUAAGACCCUACCAAAGUCUAACGUCCCAAUUAUCACACUUUCCGCUUAGUCAGUUCCGGAGCGUACAAUAUUAGAAACUGGAAUAUUUACGUAAGAUUCAAGGUGUUAUAUUUAAUAUCCCUUUUAAAGCUGUCAUGUGUAAGUUAAGGUUGUCAAUCGAGGUUUAAAAAGCAUAUUAAUUCGUCUCAACUAUUUGUUAAAAAGUUUAUGAUUUUCUUUUAAAAUUUGUAACUCCUUCUACACCUUCAAUUGCGAAAAGUGACUCGUUGUCCGGAUUUACAUUUCAAUUGAUAUUUUUAUCGGGAAUGAAAAUGUAUCAAUGGAAUUUUUAGUUUAGAAUUUUUUAUUUCUAUCGUGGCUGGUUAAGAUUAGUGCCAUCAGUUUUUGUUCUUUAUUCACACAUCUGUGAUUCUUAAAGUCGUUAUGUAAAAAGAGAAAAAUUUAGCAAAUUAAAAAAAUAAAAUAAAACGAAUUAGACCUUUGAGGUUGUGUAACGACAGCUUAAAAAGUGUAAUGCUUCCUUUUUGUUUCGUCGAAGAUUUUACAUUUAUGUGAGAUGAUUUUAUGAAAUUUAAUUUUUAAAUUUUAGGGUAAAAAUCGGUCCGUUUUUAAUUAUAAGAUAAAAUUUCUGUUUUUUUUCCCUCUUUCAAUA